GAUAGCUAGGAUUUCAAAUAAGCGAGGGUAAACAGUGAUUUUUAUACAACUGCGCGAUAUUUUACUACAAUAACAAGCAUAGCUAGUUUGGGUAACAGUCUUAUUUUCUGAAGUUUGAGAAUAGUGCAAUGUUCGCUUUGGUAUCUUAAUGAACAAGUCCUAAUGUUAGCUAACGUUACUUACUGAUAGCAAACACACCAAACAAAACCCACUAACUAGCAAGCUAGGUGUUGUUGUUUUAGCUAAAUAUAGCUAGCGAAAUUUGACUUUGCUGCAGACUCGAAAUAUCCUCUCAAUGACCGACGACUGGAAAGGACUGUUUGAGAGAGGACGGGUGAUUCCUCCACACAGCCAGACUGUUCGACUGGCACAGGACUCAUCCCACACCCAUUCUCAAGGCUUCCAAAUCAUCCUGAAGCAUCUUGAUGGACCUCACAUUCAACAGCAGAAGAAGGAAGGGGAGUCAGAAGGGAAUCGAAAGAGGGAACCAGUCAAGUACCAGCUGAGUGUUUCCCUGUUUGAUACCAGCCACCAGCACUUCUUCGGGAGAACGUUGAAGAGCUCACCCCAACAGAUGAGUGGUGUCCACAGGGCAAUGUUUAAUGAGGUGGUGUACCUCCACACCUCUCUGCGUCUGCCAAGCGUGGUGGCCGUGGUGGAGCUGGUGGCGUUACAGCCCAGGGCAGACGGCUCCCAGCAUGCACUGGGGUGUGGCUUCGCCAUCCUGCACCUCUUCUCCAGCAUGACAGAACCUCAGGCCACCGAGGGGGACAGAAGGCUAAGUAUGUACCACGGAACACCAAGGACCUUACUCCAUCCACUAGUGAGGGACCCUAUAGAGCAGAACAAGCUGUUGAGGCCCAUCGAUGGUGCUCAUUUGGUGUGCAGCUUGAAGCCUCACCCUGCUCUAGCCCCUGCCAUGCACCUCUUCCCCCAGAACAUGCUGGUGUCUGGAGAUGAGAACAUCCCUGGGGUUACGCCCUCCCCUACAGGAGAUUCCCUGUUGAAGCCCCACAUGGUGAAGAGCCUCACCUGCUUCCUGGACAGGCUGUCCAUCUCUCUGCAUCCCUCCCUGGAGAAGUUUGAGAGCCAGCUGCUGCAGCAUGUCAGCACGGACUGCCACAACACGAAACACUCUGGUCCGGAGAGCUCACCGGUGGUGGUCAUCCAGGAGCGGAGGCUCCAUGUGGGGGUCCACAACGGCUGGGGCUUCUUGGAGCGCCCCCAGGUGGUGGUGCUGGAGCCAACCGAGGCCACCGAUUGGAGCAGGGGACGUACCAAAGGGGGCACGUCCCGACAGGGCACACUGACCAGAGACUGCAGCUCCAGUCCUAGUCAGAGCCUGGCUCUACGUAGCAGUCUGGAGCUCAAGCUGCCCAGUCACCAGGCUGUGGGGAUCGCCCUCCAGCUUGAGUAUGUCUUCUCCUCGUCGCUCAUUGGUGACGGAAAGCUCUCCUCGACCUCCACAAUCUCCCGGACAGCCUUCAUGCAGUGUCUGCGCUGGGGGGUGUGGUGCCCCUUCCAGGAGUGGGGUGCCCUGAGGGCCGAAGAAGUGAAGCUUAGUCUGCAGGGCGGCUCUACGCCCAACCCCUAUGGAAUCAUGGCCUAUACCUCUUCCUCCAACAGCCAAAGUCCUGCCCAGGUGGUCGAUGAGAGGGACAUGGUCAGGUUCCGUCUGUCUUCCAGCUCAGUGCAGAAGGCCUCGUCCAGCACAGCCGUGUCUCUAAGGAGGAGCAGGACAGGACAGCAGAGGAAACCUCCCUCACCCUCACCAGGUCAAAGCCGGCGUGCCUCUCAAGCAUCUCCUCCGGGAUCGCCACAAGGCCCAGGGCUCUCUAUGUCUCAGCUGGCAGCUACUUCACGCUACCCGACCAUGAGCCACUCCACUGCCGUGUCGCCAUGGCAACAGCCGUUUUCCUCUCAGCUCUAUCCUUCCCCAUUGGCAUCGGCCCACCAGCUGUCACAUGUCGAGCUCCCAGCUGCCAGCAACAUCACCCACCUUGAGGUGGACCUAAACGUGUCCCCUAGGGACCGCCUCCUUGCAUACCAAUCUGCCGCGCUGGCCAACGAGGGCCACCUGGAGCUCCAAGAGCUGCCGUUCACCCCCAUCCAUGCCCCCAUCAUCACCAUGGGAACACAUGCUGUGCCCAGCUCUUCCUUUGUGAGUUCCCGGAGCUCCCUGGCCCACCUCUACUCAGCCGGCUUCCCCAACAUCACAGACCCCAGUGGGCUGGUGGCUGAAGUGCAGGACCCGACAGAACCAGUCAACUUUGACCCCCAGAGAGAGGAGGCAGAUCCCCUGCAGGGCAAUGUGCUCCUGCUGCAGUUUCUGGCAUUUUCCAGGAUACCACAGCAAGGGGGGAGCAGCAACUGGCCAGACUCUGUUCAUUUCACCUUCCAGCUCUACCGCUUCCCACCAGUGACCACACAGCGCCUGAAACUACUGGGCAUCGACAAGCUGCCGAAGAAAUCCAGCGAGACGCCACCCUGUGUCCUGGCCGUCAUUAACAAGGAUGGAACAGUCAACUCUGGCUCCCCGGGGCUCCAGCUGCAGUUCCGUGUGGACGGGGCAUUCUUGCAGCCGGGUGAGAGACGCUGGUUCCUGCGCUACCUGGCCCUGCACACUCUGCAGGUGGAUGUGUGGGACAGCCAAUCCCUCCUGCUUAUCGGCUCCACAGCCCUGGGGCUCAAGCAUAUGUUGCGGCAGGGCCGUCCAGCUGUACAGGCCACUCAUGAGCUGGAGGUCAUCACCACAGAGUACAUGGGUGAAGGUGUGCCGGUGAGCCUGCACCGGGCCCCCAACCCGAUCAGUGUCUUCACCACCAUCAAAGGUCGGCUCCAUCUGCGCCUGGGCAACGUGGGAUGUCCUGUAGACCAGAACAAACCCAACAAGCCCCAGUGUCUUCCUCCGUCACGCUCCCACAUCAUCUCACCGCCGGAUGCCACAAGUGGCUUCACCGGGGGCAGCUUGUCCUCCAAGAGCAUCCAACGACUCAGCGUGCGUAACGCAGCGCGGGCCCAGAGGCUGGUGGAGCUGGACGGGGACCUGGUGCCGUUGCUCCAGAGCCAUAUGAAGGAGGGCGGUGGGACGCCCUGCACUAACACUCCCUGGUGGGGCGAGACCGACGACGUACGCCAGCGCAAACUCAAUCGCAUGGUGGCCGUGCGGCAGCACGAGGGGGGACAAGAUGGCACCGGCAGCGAGGUCAAGACUAAGGUCACGGGCCGCCGAGCAGAGCGUGCCCAGUUGGCGCGGGACCUGCGCCUGAUGCAUGCCUACAGGGAACGCAGUAAGGCAGAAGGGAUCACCCACAUCCUGAGCCAGGCCAUCACCGUACACCACACCCUCUACGCCACGCUGGGCACCGCUGAGUACCUGGAGUAUGUCCUCCGCAACCCCUUCAACACCCCACAGACUGUCACCAUCUAUAGCGAAGACCCCGAGCUCAGUGUCAUAACGGACUGUGACGAGUGGAGGUAUUUCAAGACACUGACCAAAACCUUAACCCCCCUGGAGGAGGGCAUGUUCCACCUCAAAGAGGGCACGCUUGCCCCCCAGGUGUACCUGCGGCCCAAGGAGAGUGUGCACGUCCCCCUCAAAUACCAGACCUUCAUCUCAGACAACUCUGUGGUUCCCCAGGGGCCGAGUCUCAUACCCAGUGGCAGAAGUACUCAGGUGGCCAAGAAACAUCUGUCCAAUACUUUGCUGGCCAAGUCAAUCAAGGUGACAUUCAGGGCAGAGGAUGGUAAGCCGCUGGCCAUCUGCCAGGUGAGCGUGGAGCCCACGCCUCACGUCAUUGACCAGACAUUCCGCUUCUACCAGCCAGAGUUGUCCUUUCUGAAGAAGGCCCUGCGCCUUCCCUCCUGGGAGAGAACGCCAGUUGGAGACACAGAUGCUGGGUCUCAGAUCUCAGUGCGCUGCAGUGACCCCAACGUCAUCUGUGAAACAAAGAUGUUGGCACAAGGGGAGCCUCAAGAUGUAUAUUUAAAAGUGCCGGGCAGUCCGAGCCCGCAAAUCCGAAAGUUCUUCGUCACAGUGUUCACUGAUAAGUGGCUGGCGGUGCCCGCCCAAGUCUGGCAAGUAUAUGUGCACUUCCUGCAACGGGUGGAUAUCAGCUGUGUGACUGGCCAGCGGACCUGUCAAUCACUGCUGAUACGGGGCACCCAAGCCACCCGGAAGGUCCGGUGUUACACCUCGCACCCACAGGAGCUCAAGGUGGACCCAGCGGAGGUGUUUGUCCUCCUCCCGGGUGUGGUACAGGACCUGCAGCUGUGUGUGUGUCCGUUGCGGGCGGGCAGCCGCUUCUGCUACCUCACCGUGGUGGACGUGGAGCAACACACGCUGGUGGCCUGCUGGCUCCUCAGCCUCACCUGUCGCCUGCCCAUCGUCUCCAAGGCUUUUGAAAUGUGUGCACCUGUGGGAGGGGGUCGGGGGAGCACACGGAAGAUCACUUACACCAACCCCUACCCCACCAGCCGUGUCCUCCUGCUACGGUCAGACCACCCUGACCUGCUCCAGUUUAAAGAGGACAGUUUUGAGAUUGGGGGAGGGGAGACCUACCGAAUCGGGCUGCGGUUUGCUCCCAGCCAAAGUCCUGGUGCUCAGGAGAUCCUCAUCUACAUCAACAACCAGGAGGAGACCACGGAGGAGACCUUCUGUGUGAAAGUGAAAUACACCUGAACACACGGCAACUCAACGCAGUACUGUACACAUCAACUACUACCGUACAGAACAAUGCUCUUUGCUAAGAAAGACGGCUCAACAAUGUUCUCAUCAACUACUGUAUAGAACUCAACACUUUGCUACUUAUGAAAGACGGCUCAAUUCAGUACUCAUCAACUUCUGUAUAUAUAUAUAUAUAU